AUGGCCAAAAAAUUAACUAGAGGUCAUCAAAAGGUUCCUAUAGUUGAAAUGGAGAAAAAUAACAAUCUCCAUGUUACCUUCUCAAAGCGUCGCAAUGGCCUUUUCAUGAAAGCCAACGAACUUUGCACUCUCACUGGUGCAGAAGUUGCUCUGUUGGUGUUCUCUCCUGGAAAAAGGGCUUACUCUUUUGGUCAUUCAUCUUUCGAAUCUGUCAUUGAUAAGUUCGUUGGAAACAAGCCAUCACCUAGCGUCCAUGGUGGCACUAAUCACCAUGUUGCCAAUCACCAUGGAGAUAACAUUGAUGAACUCAAUAAUAAAAUUAUCGACCUUAAAACACAAUUGAAAGCCAACAAAAAACUUGAAGAAGUUCUUGGUCAGAUGAUAAAAGAAGGCCAGCACAAGAAUUGGUGGCAGGCUCCAAUUGGAGAGAUGAAUCUGGAGCAACUUCUGAUGAUGAAGAAGGCACUGGAAGAACUUAAAAAGAAGGUUCAGGAUGAACUUAAGCGCCAGAUCUAG